CUCCCAUGCUAAGGGUGGCGCUGUUGUACUCAGACCACAUGUGGGGCGUUACAACCAGAAUAAGAGAAGCCCACGUCUCCCGUAUGGUCGCCCCCAGUUCCAAGUCCAGAUGUGACCAGAUUGGACCUGCUAAGGCAUGUAACUUGCAUGUAAUGCAAAAACAACCAACAGACCUGCAAACAUGUUGCGAUUAGUUACAACUUCGCUGUGUCUCUACUGCCAGAGGGCUCAAGUGACUCCUUUGCUUUUCAUGAGGCCCUGCUCCUCGAUUGUUCAAGAAGAGAACCCGCAUGCUGUAAGCGCCCUUUACGACUUGUGUGUAGACAUUAGUAAAGUCCGGAAGCUGAAGGGUUGGGUGUUGCGCCGUGAACGAGUGUAUGUGAACGAGACCGCCGCCCUGCUGAAGGACAUGGGGGCUAGUGGGCCUGUUAUCGCCCGCGUUUUGGAGCUCCAUCCUGAGGCCAUCCUCUGCAAACCCCAUCAAAUGGAGGCUCAGAAAAAGCUGUGGAUGUCAGUGUGCACCAGCCAGAAGGAUUUAGUAGGAAUCAUUGAAAAAUUCCCCAGCUCGUUUUUCUCCUCGUCCUCCGAUCACGACAACCAGAAAGCUAACAUUGCGUAUUUCCAGACGUUACAUCUCAAUAAACGUGUUAUUAGCAAGCUCAUGGCCAGUGCCCCUCAGAGCUUCAGCCGACCCAUGAAGCUAAACAUGGAGAUGAUCCAGACCCUGCAGAAGACCUAUUUGGACUUGGGUGGGAAGGAGGACAACAUGAAGACCUGGUUGCAGAAGCUGCUUACUCAAAAUCCCUACGUGCUUCUAAAGCUUCCCGAGGCCCUGCACGAUAACUUGGCAUUCCUACUCAAUGUGGGAUUUACUGGCGAUGAGCUCUUGCGGCUGCUUUCCAAACUGAAGGGAUAUGUUACUGAGCUGAACCCUGAAAGUAUGAGACUCACCCUCAACUACUCGCAGGAGACUUUGGGAUGCACAGAAGCAGAGCUCAGGCAGAUCGUACUUCAGUGUCCAGCCUUGUUAUACUAUUCUGUGCCUAUACUAGCUGACCGCUUCAGAGGCCUCCUCACCGCUGGAGUAAGUAUGGAGCAGAUCAUGGAGACUCCCACAGUGUUAGAACUGACAACGCAGAUCAUUCAAUAUCGCAUUCAGAAACUGCGCUCGUUUGAUUAUGAUGUACGGUCAGGUAGCCUGGAAGUCCUCGACGGCACCAAGAAAGAGUUUGAGAUGAGCUACGGGAAGUUGCAUCUUAGGCGAGAGAGGCCAUUUUUUAAUCCAGUAGCUCCACUUCAAACAGAAGAUUAAGUAUGGAAGCCAGUUUUAAUGACUUUCUAUCUAAAUUUUGACUUCAUUUCUCACAAUUCCGAGAUUACAUCUGACAAUUUUGAGUUAACAUUACGCAAUUCUGACUUUUUUUUCUUCUCAGAAUUGCACAUUUGUAACACACAAUUCUUAAUUGUCAUAAUUCUGAGUUUGUAUCUAGCGAUUUAGAUUUUUUUUCUUCUGAAUUG